AUGAGUCGCAACACAACGUUCCCACCCCAGAGCUCCCAGACCACCAACCUGCUGGACCCCCACAUCGUGGAACAUGUCCUGACGGUCCAGCUUUUCGUCUGUGGCGCCGCCGGGCUGUUCGGUAUCCUAGGCAACGUCAUCAACAUCCUGGUCUUCUACAAGCAGGGCUACGGCGAUAGCGUCAACAUCACCCUCACGGCACUCGCCGUCAGCGACACAGGGGCGCUGGUGACGCUCCAGGUCUUCUACCUGCUCAUGAACCCCUGGAUUCUGAACGGCGACCUUGACCUUAACCCCUUAGAUCUGAGCACGAUCAUAGCGUUCUACCCCCACAACUAUUUCAUCAGGGUCUGUGGGUUUAUCACCGCCUUCGCGUCUUUAGAAAAGAUGCGUCUGUGUGGUCAAUCCUUUAAAAGUUAA